GGUGCAACCAAAGGUAUGGAAGCUUACUUAUGCAUUUCAUCAGUUAAUAUUGAACAAUCUCUCCUCAGGAUAGUGGGAAAACAAUAGUAACCGUAAUAAGACUAUGAGUCUCACUCUGAAGAUACUAAAAGUUUUAAUCAAUUUUCUUGGAUAACAUCAUCAUGUGUGAAGUUGCUAUUAAUUGGGUUGGUAAACUUCAAGAACUUGGACAAAAAUGCCGGUUUGUUCCAGUAAUGGAUGUUGGAGAAGCCUCCAACUUUACUGUUGGUGCACCGUCUUUCAAAUGUGUAAUUAAUAUCAAGGAAUACGCCAUUCAUGUUGAGCAUUCAGCACAAAAUAAGAAGACGGCUAAAACUGCUGCUGCAAAAAUCGCUUAUGAAAAAAUUUGUGAAAAAAUCAAUGCUCCUCAGACGAGUUCGACUGACAAAAUUGCUGUACUGCUUAAGGAUCUAAAUGUAAAAGAUAACGAGAUGACAGUAGCAGCUAAAUUUUUCAAAUCAAUUACAAAUCUAAAAUUGGGUUCGCCACCUAGAGAUAUUUCCUAUGGAGACUUGAAAGAUCUGCUUAGCGACCUGAAUUGCUCGCUAAAUUAUAAUCAUGACGAAUUUAAACAGGAAAAUGGCACAGAAUUCCGUUUCAGAUGCGAAGUUCGUCCUGAGGGCCAUGAUUAUCCUGUCAUUACUGGUUUUGGAUGGAGUAAUUCAAGCGCAGAAGAGGCCAGAAAUAAAGCAGUGAAACAACUUCUAAGUUCUCUUGAGGUCUACUCAAAUCUCAAAUGAAAGGACCAUAAAUAAUUAUGACCAUGACGUCCAUUGACUGAUUUUUUGGACAAAUACAAUUUGCAUUCUUCCUAAAACAUUUUAAUACAAAUAAUCUAAUUGAAAGCUCAAAAUAAUCUAUUUAUCUACCAGCAGUUGAUUUUUAUAUAUUCGAAGAGAGUUGUGUUCAAUGGUUAAUUUUUUAAAAUUAUAUCCAACAAUCAGGCCCACUUUAUUAUUCGAAUACUUAUAAAGCUUGUUAUAUUCAAAUAUUGUGUUUGUAUUUAAUCUAGAAACGCAACUAUUUUACUCUCUAUAGAAUGAUUUUUUUCAAAAAUCUGCCAAUAAUGCUCAUGUUUUUUUAUAUUUCUGCUUCCUGGAACACUGCAAUAUUUAUUCCAAGCUAGCAGACUCAAAACAUGAGUAUUUACAAUUUCCAAUGUAAUUCAUAAUUUACCAAAUAAACUUGCAAUUAAUUCCA